AUGACCGUGCAGGAACUCGAGAAUGGCGGCAAGAUGUUCGAAGAAGAUGCUCAGCAGGAUCCGGAGCACUUUGGGAAGUCCAAAAUCUACAAGGCCAUCAAAGGCAUGAACUUCAAGUUCCACAAUGCCUUUUCUGAGGAUCCCUUGAAGCUCUUUCAGAUGAAGGCGCCCACUGACCUUGGCUCUGAGUAUCCCAAUGCAAUGCGCUACCAUGGCAAGUGUCGCAGCAAGGAGUUUGAACUCGCAGAGCGGGUCCUCUUCACCGGCUCCAAUCCUUCUAUCCCAACUGGUGGCAUUGUGAAGGUGGUGCGCUUGCCAGGGAAGACAUGGUUCAAGAAGACUCUCCAGAGCGACGAGGUCGAGGUGAAGUAUUUGGGUGAACAAGUGAUUGUGCAAAGGUCGGAGUUGAAGCGCCAGAAUUUGGGCAGGGUGAAAUUGGAUGAAGACUUGCAGGACUGGAUGAAGAGUACCGGUGAUACGCUGGAGGUUGAUUUGAGCACGCUUGCCAACGACCCCAGCCGCCGGCAGAGCAAGGACACCUUUUGGUUUCCGCUUGCGCCGCCCAAGACCAAGGACGAGUGA